CCCAAAGUCGACGGUUUCUUGCUAAAACUAAACAAAAACCAAAACCAAAACCUUAAUAAGAUUGUUGUUGCAAAUCAACUUCACCCGAAGCUCCUUCCACCGCCGACUUGGGUUGCCGGUCACCCGUUCCCUUCCUUACCCACUCAUACCAAUUACCCCCCGUUUGCUCUAAAUUUCCAAUCUCUGUCUUGCUCAGAAAGAAAAAGACCAACCCCUCUAUAUAUACACAUAUAUCAUCGAGAAACACAUACAAAUUAUACAUACCCUGAUACCCAGAGGUAGAAAUGCACCGCUAUAACGCCUGGCUCCCGCCUCCGGUCGCCGUCGCCACCAAGAAAGAGAAAGAAUCCUUCGCUGGUGUUGUAUCAUCCGUGAAAGAAUCGUACACUAAGGGUGAUCCAGAAUCUGUCUACUCCACUCUCAAAUGGAUAUCAGUCAUUGACCUGUUUGUAAAGGCAAAAAGUGAAGUAUCAUUGGAAGAUGUUUCUACUCUUGUGGAAUUUGGGCUUCAAGUGUUUCAUUCAUCACAAGACAAACUCUAUGCUCAGGUGAGAUGGGGUAAUGUUCUUGUGAGCUUGCUGAAUAAAUUUCGCAAAAAGUUGACUUUGAAAGUUGACUGGCGCCCUUUCUAUGAUACAAUGAUUCAAACACACUUCACAAGAAACACAGGACCAGAGGGAUGGAGGAUAAGACAAAGACAUUUUGAGACAGUUACUUCUCUUGUUCGUUCAUGUAGAAGGUUUUUCCCUCCAAAUUCUGCUCAAGAGAUAUGGUCUGAGUUUAAAUCUCUACUUGAAAAUCCAUGGCAUAACUCGGCUUUUGAAGGGUCUGGAUUUGUGAGACUUUUCCUUCCUACAAAUAUCGAUAACAAGGAUUUCUAUUCAAGAGAGUGGAUCAAUGCAUGUAUUCUUCAAUGGGAUUCCAUACCAAAUUGUCAAUUUUGGAACAGCCAAUGGGCAGCUAUUAUUGCUCGUGUUAUUAAGAACUACAAAUCCAAGGAUUGGGAGGAUCUUUUACCAGAGAUCUUUAGUCGAUUCUUGAACAUGUUUGAGGUGCCUGUGGCAAGUGGAGGUGGAUCAUACCCUUUCUCUAUUGAUGUCCCAAGAAAUACAAGAUUUUUGUUCUCCAAUAGAUCACACACUCCAUCAAAAGCCAUUGCAAAAUCGAUUGUUUAUUUAUUAAGGCCUGGUAGCUUGGCUCAACAACACUUUGAGAAAUUGGUCAACCUCUUAGAACAAUAUUAUCAUCCUUCUAAUGGUGGUCGUUGGACAUACUCACUUGAAAGAUUUUUGUUUCAUUUGGUGUAUACGUUUCAAAAACGUUUACAAAGAGAGAAAGAGAAUCCAGAUAGCAGUGAAGAGAUUGAAUUCUGUUUAGGACAACCAGAAAGGGAAUCUUUUGUCACUACUGUUUUGAAGUUAAUCGAUCGAGGGCAAUAUAGUAAAAAUGAACACCUUUCUGAAACAGUUGCUGCUGCAACUUCUAUUUUAUCCUAUGUGGAGCCUUCAUUGGUUUUGCCAUUUUUGGUCUCUCGUUUCCACAUGGCUCUAGAAACGAUGACAGCUACACAUCAGUUGAAGACAGCUGUCACAUCGGUAGCUUUUUCAGGGAGAUCAUUGUUUUUGAUGUCUUUAUCUUCAUCAUCAAUGGAAACAGAUGAUGUUAAUGAUGCUGACAUGUUCAAAGAUCUUCUGAUGAUAUCACUUACCAAUGCUUUACUUGGAAUGGAUGCCAAUGAUCCACCCAAAACCCUAGCAACAAUGCAACUUAUUGGCUCCAUAUUUUCCAAUAUGGCAACUUUGGAUGAUGAUACAGAUAAUUUGUCAUUCAUGCCUGCAGAACGUUUUUCAGAGUGGCUUGAUGAGUUCUUAUGUCGCCUGUUUUCUUUGUUGCAACACUUGGAACCUAGUAGUGUUUUAAAUGAAGACGCCCAUUCACCUGCAACAUCUGGAACAUUUCUUGUUGAAGAUGGUCCUCAGUAUUUUUGCAUGUUGGAAAUAUUAUUUGGAAGACUUUCAAGAUCUUUGUACAAUCAGGCCAUUAAAAAAGUUUCCAAGUUUUUGAAGACGAAUAUUCUACCUGGAGCUAUUGCUGAAGUUGGGCUCCUUUGUUGUGCAUGUAUCCAUUCAAAUCCAGAUGUUGCUAUUAGUCAUCUUGUUGAACCUCUUCUAUCUUCUGUUAUAUCAUCUUUAAAAGGAAUUCCUCUCACGGGUUUUGGAGGAAGUGGGAAUUUCACUAGCCAAUCGUUGAAUAAGGAAAGAGCCACACUUUCUCCAGCUCUAGAAACAUCCAUUGAUUAUCAGCUGAAGGUUUUGUCAAUUGCAAUAAGUUAUGGAGGUCCUUCACUUCUUCAUUACAAGGAUCAAUUCAAAGAGACAAUACAUUCUGCUUUUGAAUCCCCAUCUUGGAAGGUUAACAUAGCUGGUGAUCAAGUCCUUCGAUCCCUUCUUGGAAGUCUUGUUCUCUAUUAUCCUGUUGAUCAAUACAAGUCUGUUUCAGCCAAUUCAUCUUUGACCCCUCUUGAGGAAUGGAUAAGUAAUAAAGGUUUUUCAAACACUGAAGGAUUUACAGGCCCCAAAUGGCAUAUUCCUAGUGAGGAAGAAAUUCAAUUUGCCAAUGAGCUUUUAAAUCUACAUUUGGAAUCAGCUUUAGAUGAGCUUCUCAAAAUAUGUCAAGAUAAAAUCCAUUCUGAUCCUGGAAAUGAAAAAGACCAUUUGAAAGUGACACUUUUGCGCAUUGAUUCCUCAUUACAAGGUGUUUUGUCAUGUUUGCCUGAUUUUAUACCUUCAUUUAAAAAUGGGAAAGUUGGAAAUCCACCUUUCUUGAUUGCUGGAGCAACGGGUUCAAGUGUUGGUAGCAUUAAAUUGCGUGAAAAAGCUGCUAAUAUCAUUCAUGUCGCCUCAAAAUACUUGCUUGAGAAAAAAUCAGAUGACAGUAUUCUAUUGCUACUCCUCAUCCGUAUCAUCGAGGCUUUAGGAAACUAUGGAAGUUCUGAAUAUGAAGAGUGGACUAAUCAUAGGCAAGCAUGGAAAUUGGAAUCUGUUGCCAUAAUCGAACCUCCUGUUAAUUUCAUUAUGCCUUCACGUUCUAAAGGGAAGAAAAGACCAAGGUGGGCCCUCAUUGACAAAGCAUACAUGCACAAUACAUGGAGAACAUCACAAUCAUCGUAUCAUUUGUUUCGUACUAUAAAAAACAUUUCUCCUUCAGAGAGUGUGAAUCUUUUGUUGGAUGAUCUUCUUAAUCUUUCUGUUCAUAGCUAUGACACUGUUCGCACACUUGCUGGAAGAUCUCUAGUGAAAAUGAUCAAAAGGUGGCCUUCUCUCAUUGCAAAGUGUGUGCAUACACUCACUGAAAAUCUUAGAAAUGCAAACACACCAGAAUACAUGGUUUUAGGUUCUUGUGCUGUUCUUGGAACUCAAACUGUUCUCAAGCAUCUCACAUUGGAGCCAAAAUCUUUCUCAUCUUUCCUUCUUGGAAUUCUUUUGAGUUCUCAUCAUGAAUCCUUGAAAUCCCAGAAAGCUAUCAAUGAGCUAUUUGUCAAAUACAACAUCUAUUUUUCGGGGAUCUCUAGAAACGUUUUCUGGAAAUCAGAGAACAAUUCUGGAACAGAUUUUGCAGCUUUGGUUUCUGAGAUAAGUUCUAUGAGUUUUGAGUCAACUAAUUUACAUUGGAGGUAUAACUUGAUGGCAAAUAGGGUUCUCUUGUUGUUAGCUAUGUCAUCUAGAAAUGAACCAAAUUUAUCAUCAAAGAUUCUCAGUGAAGCAGCUGGUCAUUUCCUAAAGAAUUUAAAAAGUCAACUUCCACAAACAAGAAUCCUAGCCAUUUCUGCUUUGAACAUGUUACUAAAAGAGUCACCUUACAAGUUAUCACAUGAAGAACAAUCAGAUUCACAAGAAAACACAAAGUCUUCACUUGAAGGGACUUUGAGUAAUAUCUUUCAAGAGGAAGGAUUCUUUAGUGAAACAUUCGAUAGUCUUUCAAAUGUCCACAUCAUCAGUGACACAGAAAACUCAUCUUCAAGAAGUGGACAUGGGAAUUCAUCAUUCCAGAGUUUAGCUGACAAAUCCAUCACCCGAUUCUACUUUGACUUUUCAUCUUCAUGGCCUCGAACACCCUCUUGGAUUUCCUUUUUUGGAAGUGAUACUUUUUACUCGAGUUUUGCUCGAAUAUUCAAACGAUUAGUUCAAGAAUGUGGUGUCCCUGUUUUACACUCACUGAAAAGUGCAUUAGAGGAAUUUGUAAAUGCAAAAGAGAGGUCCAAACAGUGUGUUGCUGCUGAAGCUUUUGCAGGAUUGCUUCAUGCUGAUGUCAUCGGGCUUGUAGAAGCAUGGGACAGCUGGAUGAAUGUCCAAUUACAGAGCAUUCUUCUUGCACCUUCAGUAGAAUCUAUUCCAGAAUGGGCUGCUUGUAUAAGAUAUGCAGUUACUGGGAAGGGUAAAUAUGGAACAAGAGUUCCUCUUUUAAGACAAAGAAUCUUGGAUUGUUUGAUUCAGCCUUUACCUCAAACAGUAACCACUACUGUUGUUGCCAAAAGAUACUCUUUCCUUUCUGCUGCUUUGAUUGAAGUCUCACCUCCAAGAAUGCCAUUAUCAGAAGUUGAACUCCAUCAUAAGUUGCUCCAGGAGUUACUCGAUAGAAUGAGCCAUCCCACUGCCCAUGUGAGAGAAGCAAUUGCUAUUGCUCUUUCUGUGUUGUGCUCAAAUAUCAGACUACAUGCAUCCUUUAAUGUAGACUAUUAUGAGAAGGGUAAUAUGGGAAAUGGAGAACAUGGAGAUAGUUGGGAUCAGGUUUUACAAAAACGUGCAACUGAACUUGUGGUGUCAAUUCAGAAUGCAAAUCCUUCUGACAAUUUGGAGAAAUUAUCAGAUACAAACACCCUCUCAGAUAGCAACUCACCUGAUGAUGUUCAAUGGAUGGAAACAUUGUUCCAUUUUGUUAUCUCAUUAAUGAAGUCUGGAAGAUCUGCAUUCCUGCUAGAUGUGCUUGUGGGGUUUCUUUACCCUGUGAUCUCUUUACAGGAAACUUCAAAUAAAGAUUUGUCAAUACUAGCAAAGGCAGCUUUUGAGUUGCUAAAAUGGAGAAUAUUUCCAGAUGCUCAUCUCAGAAAGGCAGUUUCCAUUCUUUUAUCUUCAUCAGAAGAUCCCAACUGGAGGACCAGAUCUGCAACUUUGACUUUUCUAAGAAGCUUUAUGUACAGGCACACUUUCAUCCUCUCCAAUGAUGAGAAACAGAAAAUCUGGAAAACAGUUGAGAAGCUACUUACAGAUAACCAAGUGGAGGUAAGGGAACAUGCAGCAGCAGUUUUAGCUGGCUUAAUGAAGGGUGAAGAUGGAGAACUAUCAAAGAAUUUCCGUGAAAGAGCUUACAAUGAGGCUACAAAGCUUCAGAAAAGAAGAAAACAAAGAAGCUCAAGUUCUGGUCCUUCAAUUGCUUCUGUACAUGGUUGUGUUCUUGCUCUUGUUGCAUGUGUGUUAUCAGUUCCUUAUGAUAUGCCAAGUUGGUUGCCUGAACAUGCAACAUUAUUGGCUCGAUUUGUUGGGGAAUCAUCACCAGUUAAAUCCACUGUUACAAAAGCAGUUGCAGAGUUUCGUAGGACACAUGCAGACACUUGGAGUGUUCAGAAAGAUUCAUUCACUGAAGAACAGCUUGAGGUUUUGGCAGACACAUCAUCUUCAUCAUCAUAUUUUGCUUGAUUUAUAUUCUAUGAUUCUAUCCCCACUUUAAAGUGAGGAACAAAUAGAAGAACUACAAAGCUAGUAAAUUUGAUAAGUAGUCUGAUAGGAACUGUAUUUAUGGUUAUAUGUGAUAUUGUGAUAUAAAAUAAGCAGUGUUUGAUUACAUUUUGGAUACAUGUUAGCUAGUUUUUGCUUCUAUGACUCCUCCAAUUGAUCCAAUUAAAGCUACUGCUGACACCACCAUUAAAACAAUGCUAAAAAUUUGUAGAACAAUCCAUUUUGUGCUCCAAGCUUCCACCUUUCUUUGCUUUUUGUACAUUUCCACUGGAUAAUAUAUUGCUAAUGGCCAUAGAUUCAAAGCCCCUAAGAGACCCAAUAUUUCGUUGAAGUAUGGGAACACCAUUGAGAUUCCAGUUGUUGACACAACGUAUGCUGUUCUGAACGAUAAUCUGAAUAGAUUCAG